UGUGUCCUCGCCUGUAGGUCGUCGUUAUUCGAGGAGGUCCACCAUCUUAGUCAAAAUGAAAGUCGUUAUCAUAAUUGUGUUGCUAACUUGUGUAGUGAUCUCUAUAGAAAGUUCCCCUAUACAAACCACUCAGAAUAAUGAUUCGUCAAGCCAUGAAGUGCCGUCCAUGCUGAAGACCUGUACCAGCACCCACCACUGUCACUGUGUACAGGGCGUGCCCAUGUGUCACGCCGGACACUGCCACUGUCUGUUCGCCGUACAACUCGGACAUGACGGAAAUUCGGACAAUCAGCAGUCGACAGAAACACCGCAAGAAACCAUCACCAAAGAACCAAAUAAUGAAACCAUUGUUAAGGAACCAGAUAACGGGUCGGAAGCAGGGAUCAUCUAAAUGGAUAGGGAAUAUUACAGAAAACCUGUACAAUGAACUCUUAAGAGAUUCCUUCCUUCUUUGUUUGUGAAAUGAACUUGGUUACAAUAAAGAACUUAAAAAUA